CAUCACCGCCCACCGCUGGUGAGCAUGAGCAGCCAUCCGCUCCAGCUGUCCUUUCAGACUGGGAAAAAACAGGUUGCGGGAAAAGUUUGCGAGUACGUGAAAAUCCAGUUUAGUAGUUCGAGCCGUGAAGGCGAAAUACCGGAGCGCACAGAGCUCUGAACAUUCUCGUUGGAUUAAAAUUAUGGAUGCUUUGAAGUCGGCGGGGAGAGCCAUUAUUCGGAGUCCUAGUAUUGCUAAGCAAUCUUGGAGUUAUGGCAAACACAAAAAGCUGCCAGAGAACUGGACGGACACGCGGGAGACUCUGCUGGAGGGGAUGGUGUUCCAGCUGAAGUACCUGGGCGUUACGCUGGUCGAGCAGCCCAAGGGCGAGGAGCUGUCCGCCGCCGCCGUCAAGAGGAUUGUUGCCACGGCAAAAGCGAGUGGAAAGAAGCUGCAAAAAGUGACAUUAGUAGUCUCCCCACGAGGAAUCAUCCUGUACGACUACGCCUCAAACCAGCUCAUAGAGAAUGUCUCCAUAUACAGGAUAUCCUAUUGCACAGCAGAUAAGAUGCACGAUAAGGUGUUCGCCUACAUCGCCCAGAGUCAGAGCAACCAGACCCUCGAGUGCCACGCGUACCUCUGCACCAAGAGGAAAGUGGCGCAGGCAGUAACGCUCACGGUGGCUCAGGCCUUCAAAGUGGCGUUUGAGUUCUGGCAGUCUGCCAAAGAAGACAAAGAGAAGAGGGUGAAGUCUGGCUCGGAUGGAGAAGGAGCCGGCAGCUCCCAGUCGGAGAGCUCCGCCAGCCUCAGCAGCGUCAGCAGAGGAGGAGAGGUGGCCACGGGGACCCUGCUGGACCUGGGGGACGGAGCCAUCGCCGCCAUGGUGCACUCGGGGCCCGAGGGAGCGCACACUCGCAACGCACGCACCUCGGAGAACAACAACACAGUAUGGGAGCUGGAGGAUGGACUGGACGAAGCUUUUUCAAGACUCGCUGAGUCUCGCACUAACCCCCAGGUCUUGGACAUUGGGGUGAGCCCUCAGGACCUCCAGGCAGAGGAGUGCCUGUCGCCUAGCAACACGGAGCAGGCGGACGGAGAGGACGCGUUUGGCUUCUGACGUCUUGGACAAAAAGGGAGAUGACGGAGGGGAAAAGUACAGAGGAGAGGCUCGCUGCUGGACCACAGAGAAGACAUGCCUUGCUCCACCUAUAUGCUCUGGCUGGAAUCAUCUCGACCCGUGUGGUGCGACAUGAACGACUGGUCAUCUCUGGAACUCGAACCAAAGCAAAGCAAUAUAACUGAUGUUUAUUUACUUUUUUAUUUUUACUUUCCUUUUUCCUCUAUCUUUCUUCACCAAUUACAUUUUGUUUUCAAAAUGUUGCCCCAGUCCUUUGUUACAUACAAAGUUACUUUCCUGUUUUAUUUUUGAAUUUGUUUUAUUUGAAUCCAAUGGUUUAUGUUUGUAUGUCCUGAUGUAUUUGUGUAAACGAUAUAUAUAUAAAGACAUGGCUUAAAGGACAAAUUUGGCGAGUUUUCACAUAGAUCUCCACUUCUCAAGGUCACGCAGUACAGUCGGUAGGAAAAAAAGCUAGGUAAAAUUGAUUGUUUAUUUUAUUUUUUUUCAUGUCAACAGUACAACAGUACAGAGAAACGGAGAUCUAUGUGAAAACUUGUCGGAUUUCUUGUCCUGUAAAUGUAUUAUAAUUUAUCAGUUAUGCGGAGUGAUUGGUUGAGGUGGUUUUGAGAGAUUCAAGUAGUUGCUGCAACUCUGAAAAUGCAGGUCCAAGUCAAUACAUCCUUCAAGAUGUGGAGACUGUGUGUGAGUGUGUGUGAGUGAGUGUGUGUGUGUGUGUGUAUGUAUGUAAUGUAUGUAUGUAUGUAUGUAUGUAUGUGUGUGUGUGUGUGUGUGUGUGUGUGUGUGUGUGUGUGUGUGUGUGUGUGUGUGUGUGUGUGUGAGAGUGAGAGAGAGUGAGUGAGUGUGUAUGUGUGCGCUUGUCUGUUGGGCUGAGGGUUUGCAUUCACACAGCAUUUUGCAUUUGUCAACUCUAGGGUGGCCUCAUAGUAGCAGUCACAAAUGCCAAAAGAUAAAUAAGUCAUUUUGAUCUUAGCUUAAAAAACUAACUGACUUAUUAGACCUAUGGUCAGUGCCAGGUAUGGCUUGCUGCAUCAUCAGAUGAGGGUCAGUAAACAUAAUAUGGCUAUAGUUUUUACUAUAGAGGAUAACCUUAUUUUUUCUACAAUGAAUAUUUUUGCACUCCCUUUACCCCUCAGACCUUUUAUAGAGUGAAUUGAGUUCAUUGUAGUUUCCCUCAGUCUCAUCGUUCGCACACUCCUAAGGUUUCACUAAUCAGAAAUUACUAAUUUCUCAUUUGCUUUCACUAUUACUCAUCAAUUUACUGAUGACAACAGCAUAUUUUGUUUUUCAUUGUUACCAAGCAGACAGGAUAUUGGACAGGAGUGUAUCUUCAGAAGAUGAACCGAUUCAUUAAUGUGGAAGGUUUCUUGUCUGAAAUGGCUUAUUGUCGGGUCCUUGACUUGUGGAGGGAGUGUUGGUUGUGCUACCAGACCUCUCGCGUGUACAGAAAUCACAAUCAACCACAUGAAGUGAAUCAGCUCUCUUCCUCCUUAAUUUCUUGUCAUUGUUUUUGCAAAGUUGAGGAAAGAAGUUUACAUUCAAACACAAGAUGUCAGUGUUAGUCUUUAGACAUUUUUGUUACAAUUUUUUGGUAGUCAUUAAAAUAUAUUACAUUUCUGACCAUAACAUGCUACACCCUCUGAAUUUAAUAAACUGUGAUAUCAAACUAA